AUGUCUGCAGUUGCAGAGUUCCUCCACCUGCCCACGACGGUAGUCCGUCGGGCACCCCGCCUCAGCGCGGGCAUCUCUCAACUCACAAACCGACCGGCCAUGCCAGGGAAGCUGGCAGCCAUUUCCCACGGCAAGCUGCAACGUGAAGCUGCAUCUCAGACCCCCGAUCUUCGCCGCUGCCUAGGCCACCACAACAUCCUCAUCCGCUGCGUAAAAGCAGCCCAAGAAGACAAUGCCCGAGUCAUGAAAGAGACCUACGAAGAUGAUCCGGAUCUGGCGCCUACAAGCGAAGAGUCAGAAUUUUUACCCAUCCGGACGCAGAUCACCAACGCUGUCAAGACCAUGGUGCGAAGCCGGCGUACUACCACAGCAGACAAACACUCAGAUAACGGACUAGUGCGCGUGGAAGCACAUGGUCCAGAAACGACUAUACGAUCGAAAAGACGUGGAGUUCUUGCAACGAUGUUAGGUCUGAAAGGCAAAGGCAUAUUUCGGAAUUCGCAGACGAGAGAUAAUCUACGAAUGCAUUCCGCUUUUUGA